AUGGCAUAUUUGACUAUAAUCAUCGGUCUUGAAAUCGAAAAGCCAGGAAUGCCAAAAAUGUUUCACCUACAUGACCAAAAAAUGAUACGUAGGUUUUGCAAUGUUGACUUUGAAAUUGUAAAAUGAUACUCCCCCUCGCGAAAUGAUGCGCCUAUUAAUUUAAGGCCAAGCAGUUGGGGUCAAGCAGUUAAUAAGCAAAACAUCCCUUUCUACACAGCUAAUAAAGAAUGGAAUAAUAUUGUACUUUUCAUUAGUUCAGUAUCACGAAUUUUCGAAACGUUUAUCGCGAUUUCUAUUCGAAGAAAUCAUAAAUUUUUGCACGGCUUCUAUCACAUGACGGAAACGUCAACACAUUUAGACACGUGAGCGAAAUAUUUGCAAGUUUACUACGCAAUGACCGUAUACUUUUCUGAAAUAGCAUAUUGACGCAGAUAAGGAUAUUUAACCCCCAAGACAUUCAGUAUUCUGGUGUACGAAUAUAUUUCAUUGUUCACUUUCUUUCUGGCCUGAUAUUUACAGGUAUUGUUGUUGCUUUGAAAGAGGCAGAAAUCGGGAAAUUUACUUGUUAUGUCGCGCCUGAAAGUACGCUGAUAUACAAGACACAAGUCGACAAAGCAUGUUAUUCAAGGUACCAACAGAAUUAUAAUUCCCCACUACCAUUUUACUGGUUUGUCAUUCUGAGUAUUUGGUUCCCGAUUAUUGUCGCUGUUAUAUAUUCACUCUGCGUCCGACGUCGUGUUGAGGAAAUCGACCCAAGUCAUGAAUCACAAACACAAGAAGAAGUAGAGAACCAGGUACAGAAUACAAGUUUGUAUGUUUAUUAUUUCUAUUUUUUCCAACUUGCUAUCCGCGUCCUAUCUGGAAUACUGUUUACUAUCCUGCAGUAUGCCGUGUUUCAUCCAAGUGGUUUUGAUUUCGAGUUUAGCUGUAGUCUACCACCAACCGGGUUUACGUCCAAGAUAGCAAAGAAUGGGAGUGCCAGUCAGUCUAACAGUACAUCUAUUGCAUGUGAAAAUGCAACUGCAUCUGACAAAAACAUAUCGUGGGUCAUCGUAACUGUAUUUAACGCGAGUUUUGCCUUAAUUAUGUUCCUGGAAAUGAUUCGUCUUUGUCGACGAUUUCCAAAAUGCAAGUAUACAGUUGGUUGGGGUUGUGAUGCCGACUUCAUUACGAUUUAUCUGUUGCGAAAGCGAUACACGCGUGUUGAGAUACAAGUAACAGACUUGCAAGCAAGAGAAGUUUUGGAACCCUGUCGUGCAAUUGACGGUGUUGACCUAGAGUUUUCAAACCUGCAGGAAUGUAUAGACUUUUACAAAGGACAAGUUUUGGAACCUUCUCGUACAACUGACGUAAUUUCUGGACCCAAAACUGGUUUAGAUGAUUUGUAUAUUGACGUUGUUAUUCAUACCGAACGAGCUCCGCAUAAAUUUUCAAAAGAUAUGGAAAGACAUGAAAUGUUCGAUGUUUAUAUGAAAGUUCCGCAACACUCUAUACGUCUAAAAAAGGUAAAAGAUUUAUUUUAUCCCAACAAAGAUACAACGGGCAAGUCUCCUCGCAAGAUUCUAGCCGUUGGACGUCCCGGGAUAGGAAAAACAGUCUUGACUGAAAAAAUCAUGCGUGAUUGGGCUAAUGGAGUUGAUGAAUUUUAUCGUCGCAAAAUUGUCUUCUACUUUAAGUUUAGAUGGUUCGAUUCAAACGAAUUGAAAGACAUAACUCUGAAGACGUUUCUUCGUCAUGGAACGAGACUGAGCGAUGAAAAUUUUGAAAAUAUUUAUAAAUAUGUAACCAAACACCCAGAACAAGCCAUUCUAAUCUUUGAUGGGUUGGAUGAAUUUAAUGGCAAAGUGGACUGCUUACAGCACUUACCGCCUCCUGAUGAUCCUAAUAUUUGCAUGUCUGGAAUUGAUUUGUUAAUUAAACUGAUUUCUGGAUAUUUAUUGAAAGGAGCAACGCUUCUAAUGACGAGCAGACCGACUGCUAAUGACUUUUACUCUAGGCUUACUUUCGAUAGAACUGUUGAGAUCCUUGGUUUCACUUCAGACAAAAUUGAAACAUAUGUAAGCCAAUUUUGUGACAAUAAUAACCGAAGUGAUCUAAAAGAACAGAUUUGGAACCACAUUAAAUCCUCGUCAGACUUGUUGAAUUUAUGUUACAUUCCUGUAAAUUGCUUGAUUGUUUCUACAAUCUUGUUUGAAUGUGUUAGUGAUCCUAGAAAUGACAACGGUGCUGUACCGACAACAAUGACUGAACUUUAUCAGUUAGCCAUAACUUAUUUUGAUAAGCAUCACAAUAGAAAAUUGUCCAGACAUUCUUCUGAAGAAGCAAUUAAGAAACUUCAAUUAUUGGCAUAUGAUGGAAUUGAACCCAGGCAACUGGUUUUCGAUGAGGAAUCAUUUGAUGAAGAAAUGAAAAAUUCUGGUUUGUUGAACAGUUUAUCGAGCCCUAUUAGGACACAAUUUUGUUUCAUCCAUCUAACUAUACAAGAAUUUCUUGCUGCAAGGCACGUGACCGAAACGUUUACUCCGGAAAAGAUCAAGGAGUUUAUUUUAUCUCAUAUUGAAAGUGGCAAGUGGCAUUUAGUGCUUCAGUUUAUUGCUGGUUUAUUGGGCAAGAAAAACGGCUACAAGGAUAGUGUUUUGGCGUUCGCGGAAAGCUUUGUUUGUAAAGAUGGUAUACUUGAUGUUACAGAUAACAGUGUAGUGAUUGUAAUAAAAUGUCUGAGGGAGGCGGAUGACGAGUACAUUGCUAAACAAGCUUGCGAAACAACUGCUAUGAGUGAUGUCGUGAGUUUAUCACGCAUGGGUAGGUCAACCUUGACCUCAAGUGACUGGGCAGCAGUGACUUUUGUUUGUAAACUCAUGAAGAAAUUAACGAAAUUAGAUUUCGGGACCUGGACUGAACCAUUGAGUGAGCAUUGUUAUCUGGAAAUUAAUAAAUUGCUGCAACAAAGAUGUAUAAAAGAACUGAAUUUAAGCGGCUUGUUAGAUGCCGACAUUGAAGAGGGAGAUGUGUUUAAAGCAUUAAUGGAAUCAAAUUGUUCAUUGAAGCACGAACACGUUAAGCUUACGCAGUUAAAAAUUGCCUGUUUUCGCGUAACGGAUAAUGAAAGUUCAUCGAAGAUGUGUGAGUUUUUCAAAAACGGACAUGCAAGUUCUCUGGAGAAGUUAAUCCUCCAACGUUGUGAAAUAUGGUCAGGCGGAGUAUCCAUACUUUGUGAAAUCCUUGACAACAAACUCUGUCCGGAACUUACAUGUCUAGAUCUUAGUGGGAAUAGCAUUCUUGAUGAGGGUGUAGCAGUGUUGUGUAACGCUCUUAUUGAACAGAACCUAUUUAAGCUUGCUGAGCUGUUUCUUGGUAAUUGUUCACUAACUGAUGAAUGUAUACCUUCCUUGUGUGAGUUACUCAGAGAUAAACGUUGCAACCUGACUGUUUUGGAACUCUAUGGUAAUAAAGGUAUAAGUGAUGAAGGUCUACGUAUGUUGUGCCAAUCUGCUUUAACAACAGAGCAUUGUAAACUUGUGGAGUUGAACAUGUACAGUUGUUCAUUAACAGAUGACUGUGAACCCGAGCUACUUAAGGCAUUGCAAGAUGAACAUUGUAAACUUACUGAGUUAGGUCUUGAUGAUUGUUCAUUAACGGAUAAAUGUAUACCCGAGGUAUGUAAAGCACUGCAAGAUGAACGUUGCAGAUUAACUGUAUUGUCUCUAGAAGGCAAUAAAGGUAUAAGCGAUAAAGGUUUACGCAUGUUGUGUAGAUCUGCUUUAACAAUGGAGCAUUGUAAACUUAAGAAAUUGCGCCUGCCUUAUUGUUCAUUAACAGAUGAAUGUAUACCGGAUCUACGUAAGGUGUUGCAAGAUGAACAUUGUGUGCUUAAUGAAUUGCGGUUAGAUGGAAACAAGUUUACUGAGGAAGGCAAGAAGUCCCUUCGUGAAAUAGAAACACAUGAACAUGUGAAGGUAGAGGUUUAGAAAUACGCGUUAGGUAAUGAUGAUUAUAUAUUUAAACGUUUAAUCUUGUAAAUACACGAAAAUAUAUGUCCAAAUCAAUUAAGGUGGCUCCCUACAGUUAUAUAAUUUUCAAGGUAUUUUAAGUGGUCAUUAUUUAUUGAGUUAAUAUGGCCAUUUAAAUGUUAUCUUGAAUACAU